GAAACGGCAACAGAAUAUGCACAGCCUGAAGCCACUGUGCGCUGCGUGCUACAUACUGUGUGCUACUGAGAGCAUUAACCCAAGGCGUUCUUAGUGUUUGGGGGCUAUCUUCCAGUCGGUCUUAUACUUUCCCCGCUCUCCGCUCGCCGCUCUUAUCACCGAGGAGUGGACGGCUUAAUCGUCUGUACUAGACCAACUUAAGCUGCGGGCUCGCUGCAGGCGGGAAUUUGGAGCUCGGAUCCCGUUUUUUGCAGCCCGUCAUGAUUUGUCUUUGCCUUCAUCUAACAAAGCCAACCAACAAACCUUCUUCAUAAAAUUGCCAUCCUGCUAGAACAGCCGCAACUUUUCUUCCACCUUCGCCAGAUACCCCUUUCUUCUUGUACCAUAUUUUAAUAAUUGCGCACAACCCACCAUGGCGAAUGUAGCAACUUCUGCUCUUAGGCAGGCAUCACGCCUCGGAUUGAGGCAAUCCCUCUCUUCCGCAAGAGCCGUCUCUGCUUUGCCCAGAGUCACUGCCACAUGUCGGGCCUCGCCAAGAGGCUAUGUCACCGAGACCAAACAGAGGAAUGCUCAGGUAAAUAUCGAAACAGCUAUCAAGCUGGACAAGAAGGACUUCAUGGAUGAGAAGGGUCAGAUGAUCAUGCCCGGUAUGGGCACCGCCAUAAAUCCCACCGGCAGCCCGGUCGCCGAAGUGCUGAAAGAGGCUACCAUCAUGGAUGAAGGCCGACCCAUAUAUCUCGACAUGCAAGCCACAACACCCGUCGACCCGAGGGUGCUCGACGCCAUGUUACCAUUCUUUGUGGGCGUCUAUGGUAACCCACAUUCGAGAACUCACGCUUAUGGAUGGGAAAGUGAGAAGGCGGUUGAGGAAGCUCGGGAGCACGUUGCAAACCUCAUUGGUGCCGAUCCGAAGGAGAUCAUCUUCACAAGCGGUGCUACGGAAAGUAACAAUAUGAGUAUAAAGGGCGUGGCCAGGUUCUUCGGCCGAUCAGGCAAGAAGAAGCACAUCAUCACAAGUCAAACAGAGCACAAGUGCGUCUUGGAUAGCUGUCGCCACCUGCAAGACGAAGGAUUCGAUGUUACCUACCUGCCGGUCCAGAACAACGGUCUCAUCGAUAUGAAGCAGCUCCAGGAGGCGAUCAGACCUGACACUGCCAUUGUGAGCAUAAUGGCUGUCAACAACGAGAUUGGUGUGAUCCAGCCUCUCGAGGAGAUCGGCAAGCUCUGUAGAUCAAAGAAGAUCUUCUUCCAUACAGAUGCUGCCCAGGCAGUAGGCAAGAUCCCUAUGGAUGUCAACAAGAUGAACAUCGACCUCAUGUCCAUCUCUUCUCACAAGAUUUAUGGCCCCAAGGGCAUCGGUGCCUGCUACGUCCGUAGACGCCCGAGGGUGAGACUGGACCCCAUCAUCAGUGGUGGUGGACAGGAAAGAGGUCUCCGAAGUGGUACUCUCGCACCGCCGUUGGUUGUUGGUUUUGGUGAGGCAUGCCGCAUUGCCAAGGAGGAGCUUCCGUACGACACAAAGAGGAUCAAGUAUCUUUCUGACCGUCUGUUAAAGGGUCUAUUAUCCCUGGAGCACGCUACACAGAAUGGUGACCCGGAACACUUCUACCCCGGAUGCGUCAAUGUAUCUUUCGCAUACGUUGAAGGCGAGUCUCUUCUCAUGGCUCUCAAGGAUAUUGCACUUUCGUCCGGCAGUGCAUGUACAUCCGCAUCGUUAGAACCAAGCUAUGUCCUCCGCGCCUUGGGCAACAGUGAUGAGAGCGCUCACAGUAGUAUCCGAUUCGGCAUUGGGCGAUUCACCACUGAAGCCGAGAUCGACUACGUCCUAAAGGCUGUUCAAGAACGUGUCACUUUCUUGCGCGAGCUCAGCCCAUUGUGGGAGCUUGUCCAGGAAGGUAUCGAUCUGAACACCAUCGAAUGGAGCCAGCACUAAGGGUAUGGUGUUGAGAAACGGGUUAAACGUCAGGAUUGUAACGUAUGGCGUACUGUGAAUCACGUCUAGGCUUUUGGCCUGACUGCUACGGUCGCUUCUGAAUUUGUGUGCUCGCAUCGCCAUUCGUCCGCCCAUGGGAGACGAAUUAACACCCUCCUUGUGGCGAGCUAUCAAGGUUGCCUGAAAUCGGAGUGCAUGGAACGAGCCCUCGAGGGCGGGUCAAUGACUGCGACUACAAAAGUUCUGUCCUUACAUGUGCUGAAUGUAAUGAUGCUGAACGCGAAUGGUUUUGCAUGGCACAGUCUGUAUAUGAUAAAUACCAAACACUGUAUAAUCCGUUAUUUUGACAGACUUGUCAAGUAGCAAUACAACCCAAAGUGAUACCCCCGA